UUCUCUUUUCCUUCCGCGUUGAAAGAACAGAGAAACAUUAAGCCAUUAUGUCUUAAAGACACUAUUUUUACAAUGUUUUAGACGCAAAACAAUUCGAAAACAUCCACAUUAUUGGCGUUUAAAGUUAGCUGGUUGUUCGUUUUGAUCUAAAGGCGUCGUUUUAUAUUCCAAUUCGCCCUUUUCCUGUUUUGGAAUCCAUAGAGAACUAUUAUAAGGGUGCAAGAAUGUUCCACUAAUGGACUUCAAAUUGUAUGGAGUGGCUUGAAUAUGACGUAUGAGUAUACAUAUUCACAUAUGAUCAUUUAUACAUGCUUAAAACAAUGGCAGAAGGUGGCAUACGACUUAUGGAGGGUGGACUUCUAGAGCCGGGUCUUGCUAGGGCAUUUGAAGUUCUCUCUCAAGCUGCCCAGGAGCGAUUGGUCAGCUUGACUUACAAAAUGGGGCACUCACGUGACCAGGAAUUGGUGCACGCCAUGUGCUUGAUUCUCUUGAAGAGGAACAAGGAGGCGAAUGCUAAGCUAAAGGCUAACUGCGAAAGCAGGGUCGCAAAACACUUGGCCAAAAUGGUGGAGAUGUAUGGAGAACGAUUGAAGAGUAGCCACUUUGGCGGUUUUACGAUAUCAGGAACUGACACAGAAACGUUACUGGACAUUGCACGGAUGUUUGCGGUAUUGGUGCGAGAACAAUUAUGCGACAAGUCGCUCCGAGAUCGAGCGUACUGCACCGCUUAUGUGAUGAGCAAGAAGGCUACUUUGCGAUCUGUAGAUGUUGACAACAUCUUUGAGGAAGUUCGACAAGUUUGUGGGCCUGAAGUUAUUGACGAAUUCCAAAGAUCAAACACAGAACGGACAUCCAAAACGGAUUGUUUGACGUCUAUUCACAUAUCGGAGAGAAACGUUAGCGGUCCGUUGUCGCUACGAUCCAGUUCUAUCUGUAGCUCGCAUAGUCUCGAAAUUAGCUCGCCAACGAUUGUAGGCCCAGAGUGUAAUACUGAAGAAUCAAAGCCGAUGGCUCUACACAUGCCCCAAAGGAGCGAAACUACAACCAAUCAAGGCCAAACACUACACUCUCUGAACAGAUCUUCAAAUAGUGCAAUUAAUCCACCAAAGAUGCUUGAAACACCAGACAUCAAUGGCGUGCCCAAACCAUGUCUAGACCAGAUUGGGAACUCUCAAAUUGUGACAUCGAAAAACACGAAUCCAGAAAUUGGUCUUGCUUUUUCAUCUGGCCCAAUCAACAGUACCAAACUCAAAGCGCAACCCAUAAACUCAAGCCAAUGCGCUAACGGUUGCACACCGCCAACUCAAGCUAACAGUUUUCGCCCUCAAGGACCAAGUAGUAGCGAAGUAAAUGAAAUAUUUUAUGCCUUUGUGAUCCUACACGAAUCCGAAGAUACUGACGAGGCACUAAGACUCAAAGAUAAACUGGAGAGUAUAACAUCAGGGUUAGGCGCAACUUUUUCAGAGGACUUCUUAGAACCUGGAUGCUCAUCAUUGCGUUGCAUGGAAGAUGCCAUCAACAACUCUGCGUUCACAAUACUGUUGCUCACCAAGAACUUCAAUACAAAUCUCAGUGCGACUAGCACUGAUUCCGCGAUCAUGAAUUCUCUAGAGAAAUAUUACAAAAUGCACACUGUUAUUCCGCUGCUACCACGAGAGAACCGUUUGCCGAAGCAGAGUAUUCCGUUGGUUCUUCGGACAAAGGUCUUUCUCGAUGAAGGCAACCGUGCAUUCGAACGUCUUGCCUCGAGGGCCAUAGCACCUCAAAAGGUGGCAGAUCAAAAGUUGGUAUGGAUGAAAGAGCAGCAUAUUAAGAAGACAAUCGAAGAACAGAGGCGACUGCGAGAAGAAAACAGUAGAAAUGUGGAGCUACGACGAGAGAUUGACAGAUUAGCGCGGAUGAGACUGGAAUCCGUAAUGCUGCAGAAUAGCGCCAUUUAUCCAGGAUUUCAACCACAAUGUCAUGGACUAAUGCAAAUGCAAAUGAAUCCACAACAUCCCGCAUGGCAUCAACAGCCAUCUUGCAUCCAUAUUGAGAAUGCACAGAAUGUUAUGAUUGGUGAUAACUCGACUAUGAAUAUUGAUCAUUCUGAAUCCAAUUCAGAGGAUGAAGAUGUUUGAUUGUAAUAUGACAGUACAGACAUUUUAGCUUCACAUAAGAAAAUAUAAUCAAAAUGUGUUGGAACGUUUGUAUGCCAUAUUUAAUUUAAUAUAGAGAGCUGUCAUUAUGUUUCAUGAUUAUAUGGUUGUGGUUCUCAGCUAUCAAUAUUUUGGAACAAAAUGAGGAAGAGUAAAUGAUGACAGAAUUUUAAUUUUAGGGUGACAUAACCCUUCAGAUGACGACUGGUGAUAUUAUAAACAUGAUUCAUAUGUUUAUUACAAUUAAGAAAUGCUCUUGAAACUGCAAAGUCGGUACAAAUGAGAAAAUCGUAAACUGAACAUAAAGUAUCUGCUAUCAUGACGUCUAUUGUAUUACUGUGAGGUAAAAUGUUAUUGUAUUUUUAAAAUAAAAGUAAUCAUUACAAA